UGUCGUAAGAAUAAAAACAAUAAAUAGUACGGUUUUAAAACUUAUUUUAAUUAGUUGAUAGGAAGUUUGUUCCUAGAAAGGCAGUCGGGAUCCGUACACUAGUUCAAAAUAAGUUCCACAAACAAGAAACAAUAUGGAGGAAGACAUAGACAUAGAGGAUCACAAUCUGUUGGACAACUUGGCCCUUAGGAGUGUGUUUCCAGAUCUAAGCAUUCUCAAACAAGAAAUCAUAGAUUUUGGAAUUGGAGAAGAUAUCAAGACAAAGACAGAAGUUCUAAAGGGGACCAGAAAUGAAAACGAACCGGUCAUUGCUAUGCUAAACUGCGGGAAUGAUCUUCUGUUACCAUCCACACAAGACCUAGAUGUUAAACCGGCUAUUCUAAGCACUAACAUAGAUGAUAAACUAACUGCUGUGAACAAUUUGGUCAAUACUGAAAUAAAUGUCCAUGAUAUAAAGAAGGAAAUGGAAGAUAUUGAAACUUGUGAGUCACCGUAUCAUAGAAACAAAAUUAUACUGGGAAAGAUAAAUGUUGAUGAGAAAUGCAACAAUAAAUCUAAUAAUGUUGUUGGGAAUAUAGACAAAACAAACGAUGAUUCAGAUAUUUUAGUCAUGAACGUCUCUGAAACAAAUAAAAGCAGGAUGAUAACCAAACAGUAUCAUGAAAUGGAAAGGUGUUUGCUUGUUAAACUUGUUCUAACAAACUGUUAUACAUCUCUAUUGGAGAAUAACAGUUACUGUGCUCAGUGUGCAGUGUUGUUCCCCACCACUGAAGCGUAUAGUGAACAUUACACGAGCACACACACCGAGACCACUAACUCAACUAAAGCCUCGGUAGAUAUUCUGAAACGUAAAAAAAAUAUUAAAAUUGGUAAUGAUAAGCUAUUUGAGUGUGAAACUUGCAAGAAACCAUUUGAUCGAAUAGGUAAUUUGAACCUUCACAUCAAGAUAGUCCACAAGGGCAUAAAAAACUUCACAUGUGUAAUAUGCGAGAAAAAGUUUGGUAUGAAAAGCAGUUUGGCCAGUCACAUGUUGGUUCAUACUGGUGAAAAGCCAUUCGAGUGUAUGACUUGUAAGAAGAGAUUUCGGUUUACACACCAUUUGAAAUCGCACGUGAUGAUUCACACUGGUGAAAUGCCAUUUGAAUGUGAAAUCUGCAAUAAAAAAUUUCGACUACUUGUCAAUUUGGGUCACCACAAGUUAAUCCACACAGGUGAAAAGCCAUACGAGUGCAUGACUUGUAAUAAAAGAUUCCGGUUACCACACGGUUUGAAAACGCACAUGUUAAUUCACACUGGUGAAAGACCAUUUGAAUGCGAAAUCUGCAAGAAAAGAUUUAGUCAAUCAGGCAGAUUGAAGGUUCACAAAUUAAUUCACACUGGCGAAAAGCCAUGGGAGUGUAAAACUUGCAACAAAAGAUUUCGUGAAUUAGGUGAUUUGAACAAACACAAGUUGAUUCACAGUGAAGAAAAACCAUUAGAGUGUGUAAUUUGUAAGAAAAGGUUUAAGCAUAUACGCCACUUGAAAAUGCAUAUUAAAAACACUCACUCGGGUGAUGAUGAGAAACCAUUUGAAUGUGAUAUCUGCAAGAAAAGGUUCAUAAUGAAAAUCUAUUUGUCAAGCCACGUCAAAAGUCAUACUGAUUUAAGGUCAUUUGAAUGUGAGUAUUGCAAUAAACGAUUCAAGAAUCCCAGCACUAGAAACAAACACAUAUUAAUUCAUACUGGUGAAAAGUCAUUCGAAUGUGAAACUUGCAAGAAAACAUUUCUUACAUCGAGCGGAUUGAAGAGACACAAGUUAGUUCACACCAGUUAUAAACCAUUCGAGUGUGAUAGUUGCAAUAAAAAAAUUAAAACCAAAACUCAUUUGAUUCGACAUAUGAGAGUACACACUGGGGAAAGACCAUUCGAGUGUGAUACAUGCAAGAAAAGAUUUUUGGAGAAAAGUAAUUUGGUCUUACAUCAAAAGUUAAUCCAUUUUGGUGAAAAACGGUUCGAGUGCUAUACUUGCAGUGAAAAAUUUAGUAGAAAAAUUCAAUUGAUUCGUCACAUGACAGUACAUACUGGGUAAAUUUAAUAAGUAAUUAUCGUAAAAUAUUUUGUGAAAAGUUUAAUUAUUAAUAAGCUAAUGUUUCCACCGCAAAUGGUCGUUUUUUACAUUAACUUCUACAUUCUACAGUCGUCGAAAUAUAAUAGGCCCGUUUGGACAGCUACAUAAAUUUGCUAUUUACUCUUGAUUCACUUGAUAAAAUA